UGACGUAUAAAAAGAUAAGGUUGACGAACUGGGUUAAAAACAUAUACCUGUAUAAUACAUGUAAUUCAGGUAGUAAAAUCAAUAAAAAGCAAUACUGUUGGGAAAUACUUGUGACAACAGAUAGAGCAGCCAUUCAUAGAUAAAAGGGUUUUUAAGGACAAUGUCUACAGGACCACCACCGAUAUAUACCGAGAAAGAAAAUGGACCAUUACCAGUAUUCCCUGAACCACCAGGACCAAAUGAAGCACCACCAGGAUAUACGCAGACUUCACAUUACUCACAAAACUUUGUGGUGGUCAAUCAGCCUGGUAUGAUGAGAUGCCAAUCAUUCCUUGAGACACCUGUCCGUACAACAUGUCCAUCGUGUCGAGCGGAGAUUCUAACAUCCACACAUUACGAAACUGGUACUUUUACAUGGGUUGCAUGUCUAGUUAUUGCAUUUGUUGGGUUAUGGUUAUUUUGCUGUUUGAUACCGUUUUGUAUGAAUGCGUGCAAGGAUGUAGUACAUACUUGUCCUAGCUGUAGACACACAGUGGGACGAUUUAGCAGAGCUUGAUUUACAAGAAAGCUUAGUCUGCAGAUAGUCAAAAUAAUAAUUCUUUGUUAAAGGAAGGCAUAAUAAACGCAGUUCCGAGAGGAUUAGCGUUUAAUUAAUUGUUUAUGUUUUAAACUACAUUUAAUUUAUCUUAUAUAUCAAUAUAUUUUACCUAUGUUUCGUUUUCAGUCGAGAUUGUUUAACAGAGCGUCUUUUUAACUAAUAUCCCGCAGAAAUGUUUUGCAUUAUGUCGUAUACUAAUAUUUAUUCUCAUGGUUUCUCAGAGACAAUAUUUGUAUAAUACGCAUCUUUUAAAUUAAUCAUGAGAAGGAGGAGGAAGAAUCUUCAGAACAAAUAUCAUUGAGAUAAAUGUCUUUGCAUGGGUUGUAAAAUGUAUUUUGGUAAAAAUUCAAUGCAUUUCAGCUUCUGAAAAGGUUUUAAGUGAUUUUACCCUCAAAAUUAGCGUCAUGGUUUUAGUUCAUUUAAAAAUUGUGCUGGAUGGUUAAGGAAUUUACAAUUUUUUCCAAAAUUUGUCUUUCAGCCUCAAAGUUUUUUUAAAACAAAAACAUAUCAGGAAUGAAGAAAAUUUAACCACCACAGUAGUUAUUAUAAAUCAUAACCACUGCACCAAAUGAUGGUUAAUAAUCUUCACAAUGUUUGUACCUUAACUAUUCAUAUUCGUGUUAGUGUUUAUUUGUUCAAAUUGUAAUACAAUGUUGUUAAUGAAGU